UGGGGGGUCCCGGGGGGGGCUCGGGGGUCCCGGGAGGCCCCGGGGGGGUCCCCGGGCCAUGGGGGAGGAGAACGUGUUCCUGUUCGUGCCCAACGUCAUCGGCUACGUCCGGCUCCUCCUGGCCGCCGUCUCCUUCUGGCUGAUGCCCACGCGGCCGGGGCCAGCGGCCGCCUGCUACGGCCUGGCCGCGCUGCUGGACGCCGUGGACGGACACCUGGCCCGGCUGCUGGGCCAGGGCUCGCGGCUGGGCGCCAUGCUGGACAUGCUGACGGACCGGCUGAGCUCCAUGUGCCUCCUGCUCAACCUGGCGCUGCUCUACCCGCGUUGGGCGCCGCUCUUCCAGCUCAGCAUGGCGCUGGACGUGGCCAGCCAUUGGCUGCACAUGCACUGCUCCACCCUCCAGGGGGCGACGUCGCACAAGGCCGUGGGGGCGGGAGUGGGGCACCCCCUGCUGAGGCGCUACUACCAGUCCAGGCCCCUCCUCUUCCUGCUGUGCGCUGGGAACGAGGGGUUCCACUGCUGCCUGUACCUGCUGCACUGGGGGGAGGGGGCCCGCCGGUGAGGUCCUGCUGGUUUAUACUGGUUCAUACUGGUUUAUACUGUGUUCCCGGGGGGUCCGGGGCUGGCCAGGCUGGGCCUGUGGCUCGUGGCCCCCCUGGCCGCCCUCAAAUCCUUCCUGAACCUUCUGCAGCUCGGGGGGGCCCUGAGGGGCGUGGCCGCCCUGGACGCGGCCGAGAGGGCCCAGAAAAGCUCCUGAGCCCCUCCCCCACCCCCCCCAAAAUUCCCCUCCCGAGCCCCUCCCCCACCCCCCUGCUGGGAGGCGGGGCGCGGGAGGGGCGUGGCCAACGCAAGCUCCGCCCGCCCUCGCCCC